GCCCUUCGCCGUGCCUCGUUGUGUGCGCCGCCAACACGGUCCCCCUUGCCCUCGCUCCCGCUAAUCCUCUGCGUCCGUGCAGGCAAGCGAGCGUGCGUGGGCUUUGUUUUGCCUCCGCCGUCGCCGCCACCACAGCCACCGCCCACGAUCGUUCUCCCUCUUCCUCCUCGUCUCAUCCUUCCCCUUCUGCCGCUUGCACGAUCCUCAGCGCUCGCUGGUCACCCUGAACCCCUACACUUCAUCACCUUCCACUCUCGCGCCCCCGAGUCAUGUGGCUGCGCGCGGUGCCCGCCGCGCUGCUGCUGGGGGAGUGCGCGGUGCGCUCGCAGGCCCUCGUGUCGAGGGCAGACAGCAACCUGCGCAGCGGCACCUUCUUGGACCUGGACCAUGUCGAGCGGUUCGAAUCGCGCUUGUCAACGGAAGUUGGUGGGACUGCGGAGUUGGAAAGUCAAGACAUGCUGGGCACGACUCUAUCCCCCGAAGACCGCGUCAGGGCCCACAGUCGUAAGUUCGAGGCGGAGUUCGUCGUGGAGUUGAACAUGACCGAGGCGAACGAGCGUGGCGCCAAGUUGGGGAUCAUCAUCAACAGGAACGCCGACUUCGAGCCUGCAACGAUAUACAAAGUUCAGAAAAUUGGCCUUAUUGAGGAGUGGAACAGGGCCCACCCCAGGAAGGACGUCCAUGUUGGCGACGAGUUGGUCCAAGUCAACGACAUCCAAUGGCACGCGAACACGGAGACCUUCAUGAAUCGCAUCAAAGGCCAAUUCAUUGCUGGUCGUAAGCGAGUGGCCGGUGCGAGUGAAAUAUUGAAGCUCUACAUCCAAAGGCCAAGGGUUUGGAAGCACAAGCGCUUCGCGUUGCAGCGCGAGGACGCGCACGACAAGAAAUACGCAGCGGAUUUCGUUGCUGAGAUCCCUAUGGGCGACAUCAUGGACGACAUGAAAUACGCGGCCGAGAUUGUCGGAAACACCACUUUCACGUCCAUCGACGGCUUGAUGGGUUGGACGCUGGGCUUCAAGAGGCACGGGGACUGGCAGCCAGCCACGAUCCGAAAAAUUGAGCGUCACGGCGCCCUGGCCAAGUGGAACAAGAAGCACGCGGACCAGCUGAUCUUGGAAGGGGACGAGAUCCUCAAGGUCGACAAGGUACUUUGGCAGCACAACUCCACGACCUUCAUGAAGAACCUAAAGCGCCACUUCAAGGCUACCCUGGAGACGGAUGCGAACAACAAGUCUUGGUCGGUGGUCCUUGCCGUCCGAAGGCCGCGGCCAGUCCAGACUGCCUUCGACGAGGUGCAUCCCGUGCAGGAGAUCGUGUCUUGGAGCAGGACAAACACCAGUGUCGCUUUUCGCUUCAAUAGGACAGGUGAGACUAACCUUCUGGGCUGGAAGCUCUCCCCUGGCGCCAAGUCCGCCAGUGGUGUCGAAGGGCCCGUUCUCGUCGAGAAGGUCCGGAGCACGGGCCUGGUGGCCGAGUGGAACGCCGAGAACCCGGACAAGACCGUCAGCUCCAGCGACCAAAUCGUCACACUGAACGGCAUGACUUGGGACAAGUACGCCAGCGCACAGGAGUUCUAUGACGCUGUCCAGACCGCGCUCACGGCUGCCAUCCACGCGGGACCUGCGGGCGACGUCGUCCAGCUCACCCUGGAGAGGCCCGUGCAAAGUGUACAGUACCACCGCCUGAACAUGGAGCAUGGGGUGCACACGGUGUAUCACGUGCACGCCACGACCUCACCUGCUCCCGACGCGGCAAUUGACACUGCAUACAAGCAGGUGGGUGCUAAGGACGACUCAGCUGAUGCUACCGGUGCCACCGAUGAAGGAAAGCCAGUCGGCGCCGAGGAGGAUUCGGACGGCGUCAUCGGUGCCACCGAAGAUGAUGAUAAAGCAGUCGGUGCCGAAGAUGACUCUGACGGUGUCAUCGGUGCCUCCGAGGAUGAUCAGGCGACAGGUGCCGAGGAGGACUCGGGCGGUGUCACCGGUGCCUCCGAAGAUGAUCCUUAGGCCUCGGUGCCGAGGAGGACUGAGGCGGUGUCAUCCGGGUGACCGAUGGUGAUAAUCCAUCCCUUGUUGCGGCUGCCGAAGAUGUUGACGAGCUGGUGGCCCGAUUUAGUUUCCUCAAGGUCGUUCCUGCGUCCUCGCCUCUCUCGCUCCCCCGUCACUCCUGCCCUCCUGCCCUGUCCCCUCCUGCUCCAUCUCUCCCUGCUCCUGACCCCCCCUCUCCUGCUCCCGUUCCUCGUCGACCUGAGCCGAGCGGGAUGGGCGAAGGGGAUGGGGAGAGAGGCGAGGGGAGGUAGAAGAAAGGCGCGGGCGGGACUUCUGCGCACUCAUCCUUGUUAGGUAGAUUCCUGCGCCAGAGCCUGCAGAUGCGAAGGCGACGCCAGAACGGCAGUCGGAUACGUACGCAUUAAUACCGUCGUCAAAAUCGGAGGGUCGAUUCCACCGUGAUAACACUCAGGCAACCUGAGAGGCCUACAAGGUAUUUUCGGUGCAAGCUAAAG